UAGAACCAGCGACCUUCUUGCUGUGAAGCGACUACACUACCCUCUGCGCCACCCACAACCAUUACAUUAACAAUGUAAAUGUUUAUUAUUGUUCACAAAAAACGACAGAUUUAACUGAUAAUGACAAAAGUAUAAUCUUUUCAUAACAGUGUUAAAUUUGAUCAUUCAAUGUCAGUAAUUUGAGAAGAGGUUUUAAUGAUCAAACCUAGUAACAUCAAAAAUUCAACGACGUGCUCCACCCAGGACCUCUAGACACCUAUUGCAUGUAAGGUCAAGUCACAGAAAAAUAACUAAAAUUUAUGAAGAUUAGUCAGUGGUGAAUAAAUUAACACUUUUUUAUUUGAAAUGAACUAUGCCUUUAAUAACAUAUUUAUAAAUUCUCCACAUUCAGAUUUAAUGUAUAUGGCCACAUUUUAUGAUUUGAGCAGGGUUUGAAGAUGGAAGGACUUGGCUCGAACAUAGGGAUCCACAUCAAUGAGAUUCCUGUCAGUUAUGCCAAAUGUCAACAAGUCCUCAAUGACAUCUGGCAAACAAUGACUCCAAAGAUGGUCAUUCAUUUAGGCAUAGCCCCAGGGGCCAAAGGCAUCACAUUGGAGCAAACAGGGAAGAACUACUGCUACAAAGACAAGGAUGUGAGCGGUCUGUGUCCUGCUGGUCACUGCUGCGUUGAGGGAGGACCAGAACAACUGAACUCCAUCAUAGACAUGAGGUCUCUUGGCAAGCAUCUAAAAAGUAUGGGGCUCGAUGUCAUUUACUCCAGGGAUGCCGGGAGGUACUGUAACAACUACAGUAACAAUUUGAAUAAUGGAUAAAAUGUAUUACUUUAAGGUAUAGUUAAAAAAGUUUGCUGGCCAAAAAAAGAAGGUUGCUGGUUUGAGUCUCCGCUGGGUCAGUUGGCAUUUCUGUGUGGAGUUUGUAUGUUCUGCCUGUGUUCGUAUGAGUUUCCUCCGGGU